AUGGCUGGCGAGGGAACGGCAGUGGGGAAGGGGAAAACAGGAGGGGCAGGGAGCGGAGCGGAGCGGGGAUGGGGAAAAGCAGGAACUGCCAGCACCAUGAAGGCAUUGUUGUACCUAGAAGUAACUGAAUGUCCAAGGCCGAGAACACAAGUCAGAGCACAUGACGUCAAGAGUAUGACUAGUGAAGAUUCCGACCCUGAGCAGAAUGAGAGCGAGGAGGAGAUCCAUGAAAGUCCAGCUGAGAGAUCCCAGGGCAGCGUGUGGGGAGCGAUUUCCGGGCAUGCACGACUUUCUCCGCGUCUCCUCUAUGAGAUCGGGGAGCAGUCGACCUCCUCGCCCCUUGCGAGCAGAGGACAAGUCCGGCAUGGCGACAUCUGGAUCCUACGUCUCAUCAAUAUUGAGGCCAUAACCUCCUUCUUGCUCCCGAUCAUGAGCCUUGCGGUGCUGGCAUUAAGACUGGAGUACAGCAUCAAGGCGAACUUUAUGCUGUACUGCAUCUCAAUCUUUCAAACCUCUUGGUUCAUCGUCGGUUGCGUGUGGGCGUUUGGGGACAAGGGAGUCCCAGGUGGUUGUCGAGAUGGAAGCUGGGGUGACAACAGCGCUUUCUUGGUUUUAUGGUGGAUCUGCAUGAUAUGGCUGGCCAUGGUCAUCUGCCUGGCGAUCGUCGCGUGCUUCAUCGGAUGGCUGCAGUUGGAUCGGAUCCGCAGGAUGUGGAGGGAGGGGCAGAAGAUCAUCCAGGAGGCGUACGCGAGAGAAGACAGCGAGCAGGAUGACGCGAUGAGGAUGAAGGGGAGCGGCAAGGAGGAGAGGCACGAGGAAGAGGGCCUUACUUCGCCUCUCAUUAGUCAAGCUCGCACGGUCAUCCAGGGUUAG